AUGGCUGGUUUCCAACUGCAAAUGACUUGGCAAACGAGUUUGUUGUUGAAGAAACGAAAGAACGAUCCUCCAUUAGGGUUCAAGAAUCUCGGUAAUACCUGCUACCUCAACGCCGUUCUCCAGUGCUUAACCUAUACUCCUCCCCUCGCCAAUUUCUGUCUCCGAAUUCAACACUCCGAAAACUGCAAGUUCCUGGCGCAUCAGGACAAGAAGAGUGAUUGUCCGUUUUGUCUACUGGAGAAGAGAAUUGUUCGAUCUCUUAGCAUCGACUCAACCCUAGAUACACCUGGUAAGAUCAUUGGUGGAUUGAAAGUCUUUGCUGAGCAUUUUCGUUUAGGGAGGCAAGAGGAUGCAAAUGAAUUCCUUCGGUACGUCAUUGAUGCUUGUCAUACCACAUGUCUUCGUUUGAAGAAGUUGCAGCAGCAAAGACGGAAGUAUGUCAGCAAUGGAGGAGGUGAUGGCUUUAAUGGCAGCACAGUAGUUAAGGAGAUUUUUGGAGGAGCUUUGCAGAGCCAGGUCAAGUGUCUUGCAUGUGGAAAUGAGUCCAAUAAGAGGCUUGAGGGAAUAUUUGAUGGGAAUAUAGACAAAUCAAUUGCUUUUGAGGAAGUAUUAGUUCUUUCAAGCUUCAUGUGCAAAACAAGCCAGGUUCCAGCUACAAGUAACAAAGGAGCUGGACCUUCUAUGUUAGAAGGGCGAAGUGGCUAUGGUUCAACCAUGCAAUACUCACCAAAAUUCACAUCUGGGGACUACCCUGCAACUACCCAAAAGUAUGGCCAGAAAGGGGAAAAGAUGCUAACUGAUUAUCCAUCAGGGAGAGAGAUAGAUUCCCAUAUGCUGAAAGAGCAAGUGCAUAUUUUGGGAGAGAUUUGCAAAAUGAGUCAUCUGUUUGGUUUGCUGACUCCAUUGCUUUUGGUUAUCAACAUCAGCAUCAGCACUAUGCCAAGAACUGCUCCAUGCCCAGUCAUAAAGGUGGAGAAAAUACCACUUACUUUCCAAUCUGAAGAACACUACUUUCGUUCUUUUGUGUAUCCUUUUCUUGAGGAAACACGUAAAGAACUGGAUUCCAGUAUGAAGAUGAUGUACAAAGCUACAUUUUCUAAAAUUUAUUCUUUUAAGAAGGCCAAAGGAAAAGAGAAAACGAUGUAUGAUGUUACUUUUGGUAAUUGGAGAAACACUGAACGCUGA